GUUUGAGGAGUGUCAGUUGCUGCUUAACUGCCAAUUCUGAGACGGAUUUUUCGGCUAUUUUACGCGCGUCCAUGAUUUUCUAGUUGCUGUUUUUCGCUUGUUUAUCGUCGGCGAAAAAUGAGCUUACCGAAUAGUGGUGUGGACAUGCAGGCGAUCAUGUCGCAACAUCCGGUUUUGGGGGGCAUUCCGCCGGCUCUCUUUUUUCGCACCUCCGAACGAUAUCAAAGGACUCCAAAGUGCGCUCGGUGUCGAAAUCAUGGGGUUGUUUCCGCCCUCAAAGGACAUAAAAGAUACUGUAGAUGGAGAGACUGCAACUGCGCAAAAUGCACGUUGAUAGCCGAACGGCAAAGAGUGAUGGCGGCUCAGGUGGCGCUCAGAAGACAACAAGCUCAAGAAGAAAAUGAAGCACGCGAACUGGGGAUUAUCUUCCCAACGCCCGCCCCCACAAUCAACGACUCCAACAUGCCGUCUUUGACGCCGCCAGAAUCAGCCGCCCCUUUGGAAAUGGGCGGCGCCCCAACAACGUUCAUCCACCAUCAGAAGACGUCGUUUAUUUCUUCGGAUUCCUCCAAUCCUUCCAGCCCAACAUCGAAACGAGCAAAAAUCAACAUAGACGAAUCGGAUUCGGACCAAGAAGACUCGAAAUGCACCCGGCCUGUCUCCUUGCCCACAGAAACUCCGGCCGCGAACUCCCAAGCAAUGCUCUCCUGUUCGUCGCCAGAUCCGCCCACCAGUCCUGAAGUCGAUCUGAACGUGGAGGAAAACGACACAAACACCCCAGAAAAUCUGUCUUUAAAACGGGACAAUAGCAGCCCGGAACCGGCCCCACAGCCCACAGAUUUCUCCCAUCAUCUGGCCAGGUUCCAUCAACACUCCAUGGUCCAGCCGUCGCCUCAACGAUCGCCCAUCAACAUUCUAAUGAGAGUGUUUCCAGGCAAAAGACGAUCGGAUGUUGAAGCCAUUUUAAACAGGUGCAAGGGAGAUGUUCUGCAGGCCAUGGAGCUGAUGGUGGGAGACGAAGAAGUGUCCUCAGCGUCAGCGUUUUCGCCUCUAGGUCCUCCGCACCCCUUCCAUCGCUACAGCCCCUCCAGGAGGUUCCUGGCUGCCCCCUAUGGGGGCACCGGUUACUUGUCCUCGAUAAUUCGGCCGCCUCCUGACUAUUUGACCAUGAUGGGUCCUUUGCAUGAUGUUUACAAUGAGAAGGCCAGCGCUUCUUCUCCUGGUUCAAAUACCAGUUCCGAUAAAACCUCCUAUUCGGAAUAGCCCUCGUUUCGGUUACAGUGAGUUCCAUCAAUUUGGUUAUUUAAAGUGAUAUUAGUUCAUUGGGUGAUUAGUUAGGAAUCAAAGAUGUUCAAAAUUGUAAAAGUCCCAGCAAAAAAAUUCUAAUGGUAACUAAACCAGAAGAAUAUGAAUAUCAAUGCCAUUAAUGUAUUAAAUAUAUUGUGUAUAUAACCUGACUUUGAAGGAUUUCAGCAUAUAACUAAACUAGAAGAUUGUAUGUAUUUUAUAGUUAAUCAUCCAUAAGGAAAUCGAAUAAGAUGAAAGUAUACAAGCAACUAAAAAUAAUACUCCACUUGCCAUUGUAGUAGUCAUUCUAGAUACUAAAUCGUUCCGAAAUUUAAGCUGUAGGCUUAUGAGAGACAAUGUUUAGAAAGUGUUUAAAAUUUGUUGUAUUUCCGUUUUGGAACAUUCUCCACA